UAUUGUUUUGCUUUAUGUUUUAAGCGGGAUAUUUCUGAAAUUGAAUAUUACAACUGGACCAUAACUUUGUAACGCUGAAUUGUCAUGUCUGAUAUACUUGAUCCUGACAACAGUCUGGAUGGUUUGAAUUCUCAUGAUGGAGUCGAUGAUUCUUUAGGAGUUGACGAUUCUAAUAUUCUUGAUCAAUCAGCGAUUGAUGGAACACCAAAUGGAGAUGGGAUUGUUGAAGAUCCUGAAUUGGAAGCCAUCAAGGCUAGAGUUAAAGAAAUGGAAGCAGAAGCUGAAAAAUUGAAAGAAAUGCAAAAUGAAGUUGAGAAACAAAUCAAUUUAAGUCCUACUCCACCACAUCGUAAUGAAUUACUUGAUUAUGUGGCGACUGGAGCUGUUGUGUUUCCAUCACUUGAAGACAAGAUAGAAGCUGAUACGAGAUCAAUCUAUGUUGGAAAUGUUGAUUACAGUGCGACUGCUGAAGAAUUAGAACAGCAUUUUCAUGGUUGUGGAUCAGUUAAUCGAAUAACAAUUUUAUGUGAUAAAUUUUCUGGGCAUCCCAAGGGGUUCGCCUACAUUGAAUUUUCAGAUAAAGAAUCUGUUGAAACGUCUUUAGCAUUGGAUGGUUCACUGUUUAGGGGACGCCAAAUAAAGGUUAAUCCAAAACGAACGAAUAAACCUCAUUUUCAUUUCCCUGAAAGGGGGGGUGGGAGACCAAGAGGAAGGCCACGAUACAGAGCAAGGGGAUAUGGUGGUGGUGGUGGGGGUUAUUAUGGCGGAUUUCCUAGGUCAAGAAGAGCAUUCAGGGGAAGAGCAAGGGCUUCAUAUUACUCUCCUUAUUAAUGGAUAUGAUGAACGCAUAUUGCAUGAUGACGAAAUGACCAUGUUAAUAUGGUUUAUCGGGCCCAUGUUCUGUUGUUGUUUUAUACCAUUUUAUUUCUGUGUGAAUUUUUAUUUCGAUUUUAAAAUAUGCGAUUUUUGGGACUCCAAUUUCUAAGUUAUGACACUGCCUGCUACCUACUGCUUCAGAUCAGAGCAAGUUACUCUGACAACGGGAUGCUAUAAGUUGGUAAGUACAGCAACGGCAUCAAUUUGUUUUUGUGUUGAUGUAUGUGUCUGUUAAAAAAGAGAAAAAAAAAACAUGAUAAAAUGACUGGAAAAAA